AUGGCCGUUACUCGGUCCGACGCCUCUUCUGAUCACAGCUCAAUUUUGAUUGGCUUGGGCAGCAUAUUACUUCUAUUGCUCGCAAAACACCUAUUCUCAAGGAUUCAAGAGGAACGGAAGAUUCGAUCGCUAGGAGCUCACGCCAAAAUCAUCAAUUCGUGGGUGCCUUUCGGACUUGGGUUCAUCGCAAGAACUGUACUUGACCAACGCAAGCACGAUUUGCUUGGAGGAUGGUACAGGAUCUUUGCAGACCGUUCGUCGAUUCACCCCUUUACUCGUGAAAUAAGAACUCUGGGAAUGCGAUUAGUCUUGACUGCCGACGAGGAAAACAUCAAGGCUAUCUUGGCCACUCAGUUCAAUGACUAUGGCAAAGGUGACCAAUUCAAUGCCGAAUGGCAUGACUUCUUGGGAGACAGUAUCUUUACCACUGAUGGAGAGAGGUGGCAUGCAUCACGCCAACUCAUCCGUCCUCAAUUCAUCAAGGAUCGUGUUUCUGAUCUAGCAGUCUUCGAGAAACACUUGGAAGUCCUUCUUCCCAUGCUUGGUGGCUCCAAGAACAACCAGACAGUGGACGCAAUGGAUCUGUUCUUCAAAUUCACGUUGGAUGCUAGCACUUCUUUCUUGCUUGGUCACAGCGUCAACAGCUUGGAGAACCCUCAAGAUCGCUUCUCUGACGCCUUUGCGACGGUCCAAAACGUCCAAUCAAUCAUUGCUCGACUCGAGAAGAAGUCCAAGUCAGACGAAGGCUAUAACUUUUUGUAUGCGCUUGCUAGCUUCACGCGUGAUCGCACGGUCUUGAGAGACCAGCUGGCUGCUGUAUUGCUUGCUGGACGUGACACUACUGCAUGCACCCUAUCGUGGCUGUUCAGCGAAAUUUCUAGACGACCAGACAUUGUUUCCAAGCUGCGACGCGAGAUUGAAGAGCACGUGGGUAUGGACAACAAGCCUACCUAUACUCACCUGAAGAACAUGCGAUACCUGGCUCAUGUCGUUAACGAGACCUUGAGACUCUACCCUAUCGUACCUUUCAACGUCAGAGUAUCCUUGAAGGACACGACUCUGCCGCGUGGUGGUGGCCCAGAUGGUACUCAGCCUAUUGGUAUCCCUGACAUUCCGUUCAACGGUGGACCACGUAUCUGUAUCGGCCAGCAGUUUGCUUUGACCGAAGUUGCAUACACUGUCGUCCGUAUCCUGCAGACGUACUCACGAGUCGAAUGCAAGAUGGCCGAGCGUCCAAAGCUGAAGACAGACAUUGUGGUUCAGCCAUCAGACCCACUCCAUCUGGUCUUCCACCGAGACUAG